CUUCAUACGCUUAUGGAAGACUUCCUCCUACAGCUUGAUCGAAUGAUAUCAGUCCCAGAUCUUUCACAGAUGGCCUCAUGGCUCAGGGGUUGUCCUUCUCUUCUGGAUGAGUGUCUUCAGUCAAUUUCUGUCCCAAAGCAAUUGAAGAUCCUCCUUGAACAUCAGAGAGCUAAUGGACAUCUUCUGGAAAAUGAGUCUCUUCCACUGGGUCGAGUCGUCAUACCCAGCAACCACACAGAAUCUGGUGACCCAUCUGAAUUAGGAAACGAUUCAGAUGGUCUUGAAGAUGAUUGCCAAAGUUCUAUAACCACAUCUGAUUUCCAUAUCUCUGGCUGGUCGGCUAUGAAGGGAAAACACAAGAAAGAGACCAAUGAACUGAUGGAGAGAGAGGAUGAAGUUGAUGAUGAAGAAGAAGAAGAAGAAGAUGAUGAUGAUGAUAAUGAUGAAGAAUACUUGCCAAACAAGAGUCAAAGAGGAACACUUGCUCAUUCUAGGAAUCAGGCAAGCUGCAAAAGAACACCAGGGAAAUCCAAUAAAAGGAAAAGAGAAGACAAUGACGUUGAAGUGUCCAGAGAAUUCACGUUUAUCAAUCACUUGAGGCACGAGGCUUCUUACCCCACCACUGAGGCUUCUAAAGUCCCUUGGACAGAUGAAGAAACAUUCGGUCUCAUCAAAAUAUGGGGGAAAGACAGUAUACAGCGGACUCUAAAAGACUGUGCCCACAACCGCCACAUAUUCAACCUCAUCUCAAAGAUGAUGUCCGAGCGAGGAUUUGCCAGAACGGCAGAACAAUGUCACACCAGGAUCAAGCGGCUGAAAAUGAGCUUUCGACAAUGCCAUGAAAGCAAUAUGAAAGGAACAGUGCGACCUGAAUGGAAGUUCUACAAUCUGCUAGAGAAAAUUCUCUGCAGGAAAGACUCCUUCACAAACCAAGAAUUCAGUAUCAAUGCUAACGAUGGCACAGUUGCCGAUGAGUCCACAGGACAGCAUGAUGAACAGGGCAUUACUGACCAGGAGUUUCUUGGUAAUGCCGGACAAGAGGAUACUAGGAAUGUCCCAUGGACAGACCUAGAGACUCAAACCUUGAUCAGUAUCUGGGGAGAGGACCGAACCCAGCGAGAACUGAGAGGAGUCCAGCAAGACGGACACAUCUUCGACAUGAUCUCUAAAAAGAUGGGCGCUCAAGGUUACAUCCGAACGGAGGAACAGUGUCAGACUAGAGUGAAGAGACUGAAGCAGUGUUUCAAACAGUGUUAUGAGAAUAACCCCUUGGAGGGCAAAGAGCAAGUUGAAUUUAAAUUCUAUAAACAGAUGGAGAAAAUUAUGGGUAAUAAGGAGUCCAGUCACAACCUUCUGACAGAGGUCAAAGAUGAAGAGUCGGAUAGUGAAUACCAAGUGUACACAUACCAGGAUAUAGGGUCGAUGGAUAGCGAACUUGAGAUCGUGGACUAA